GGAAUUACGUCAGUUUUGCUUUACGACCGUACCACGGACCUCCUGUUUUAAAAUCGCAGCAUUGUAAUUUGUUUACAAAUUUGCAUCCCGAUAAAGUGCAUUAGGUAUCAUUAAAACGAGAUGGGAGUAGCGGAUGAAACAGACAGGACUCUCUUUGUUGGAAAUUUGGAUCCAAAAGUGACGGAGGAACUUUUAUUCGAGCUAUUUUUACAGGCAGGACCUCUGUUCAAAGUGAAAAUCCCAAAAGACAAUGAUGGAAAACAGAAAGCGUUUGGAUUUGUCUGUUUCAAACAUGAGGUGUCCGUACCCUAUGGCAUGAACCUGCUCAAUGGGGAAACUCUAUUCGGGAGGACUCUCAAAGUACAGUUCAGAGCAGGAAGCAGUCACAUUAAUAGUCCAGGGCACUCUCAGAAUCAAAGCCCUGUGAAUACUCCCAAUCCACAUGGGGCUGUGGGCAGGUUUGACAAGAGCCUAGACCAGAUGGGUUCACCAUCAUUUUCACCUUCUCAGCACAUCCAGAGGUCCGUCUCCUCUCCUGAUAGUCUGCAGAGACAGGCCAUGAUUAACAACAUGUGGCAGGUCCAGAUGCAGCAGCUCCAGGGGGUGAAUGGAGGCUUCCCAGCUGGUCUUCUGGGGCAGCCACCACCACAACAGCUACAGCCACAGAGUGGUGGAGGUGGUGGGUCCUGGCAACUGGACAGCUCCUCACAGCGAGGCAACAGGCAGGGGUACCAGCAGGACAGCAGCAGCCACUACGUCAGGGACCAGCGGUACCCAGGAGGCUCUGAUGACACCGGCUCCAACCGCCACCAUCGCAGCCAGCGAGAUGACCAGCGAGGUGAACACUAUAACCAUGACGACAGGAGCGGGAGCAGUGGAGGCAACCGUAGCAGAGAUGACAGGUGGAGGGACGGCUCCAGAGAUGGCCGGUGGAGACGAUACUGAAGCACUAUGGGAAUUUAAGAACAGAAUUGUGAAUAUUUUUCACUUUUUUUAAA